AUGGACGGUGAGAUCGCCAUUGGUGUGCCUUCCACGGCAGGACGUUGGCGAUUCCUUGCAGAUCAACAUGAGGUAAAGUCAACCUCAAUCCAAGAUCUUAAAACCUUCAAUUCGGCAUCAAAAAUCAAAGAGGCGCAAUUUCUGGCGCUACAUGUUCUUUGGAAAUCGUAUGCGCCCGACGAAAUCGAUCUUGAAAAAGAGUAUGAUAUCAAAUACCGCGCCGAAGACCUUAAGGAUCUGGCCUGGAACAAACACUGGGGGCCAUAUGUCCAAGAGAUAUCAAAGGGAUUCGAUGGGAAGACCGAUCUAGGAACGUUUGACUUGCUUUACGACUUCCAGCGCGAGAUAGAAAAUUCAACACUUGGGCCACAGGAAACGAAGAAGGUGUUUUUUAAUGUUACAACUCGGCUGCAACGCAAGGCUGCGGGGGGAAAUAAUUCUCCUCCUUCCACACCCAGUCGUGCCCCGAGGAGCCCCAACCCGGGGUCAGACGACCUAGAGGUGGGAUCCCUCGAGAACGAAAUUAAAGAGCUACACAUUGACGACAUGAGCUCUGUCGGAUCCCCUCAAUCUCUGGGGGUGAGAAGUGUCAUCGAGCCCAUUUCACCAGUAACCAGUGAUGAGGCAAAGUGGUUGCCCCUGGUUAAAGAUGAGCAGAUCGUGAACACGGCUCUCAUUUUACUUCUGCGAGGAUUAUGCAUGCGGAUGCCUGGUUUCACAAAUGCAAGAUGGUCUCUUGAGCGGAAAGCGUUUCGAAUCAGACAACACAAAUCUCUUGACAAGGAAUGCCUUUAUGAGGCACGAACGGACGGCCACCUCGCAUUCUUUACUGAAAAUGCGCCACGGUCAUUAGCCAUCCUGGAAGUUAAAUCCCAGGUUAGAAAAGAUGCCGAACCGUGGAUGCAAGAAAGUGCGCAGAUGGCUGCUUGGAUCUACGAUGAACCAAGUACAGGGGAUAGAUCGAAUUUUCGGCGAUGCAUGAUUAGCCAGGAUCGCCAUGAAAUCUACAUUAUAAUCGCUACAUACACCAAAGAAUAUGUGGCGUAUCUUCAAGGGGACUGGGAUGGGUCCUCGGGUCCUUUUCUCACGAUGCAUCAAAUUGGACCAUUCAUUCCCAAUGCAGAGAGACACAUGGAGCGGUUAGGAAGGAUUAUUGCGGCGUUGAGCAGGCAACUGGUACAUCAAGCAAAGAAUGGAAAUCCAUGCCAUUGGUAA